AUGUUCGUGUGUGAGCGCGUGCGUGUGCGGAGUGUGUGGCGAGUGCGGUCUGACUGUGGCUCCAUUGCGUUGUGUUGUGUUGCAUUGUAGCCGGCCUGCUCUUCUCGUGUUUCGCUUGCGAACGAUGGCAGUGUGCAAGAAAUGGCUGUGAAGCACACUGGCCGAGCUUUGCUCGCCCUGCUCGGGCUGCUGGCUGUCGGGAACGCUCUUCGUUGCAACUGCACGACCUGCGAGAAGACGGGCUAUGAGUGUGAGACGGACGGCGCCUGCAUGGCCUCCACGUACACCAUCCAGGGGAAGGAGCAGCACGUACGCAUCUGCAUCAACAGGGACAACCUGGUUCCGCCCGGGCAACCCUUCUACUGCCUGAGCGCCGAGGGUCUGCUCAACACUCACUGCUGCUAUGUGGACUACUGCAACAGCAUUGACCUGAAAGUCCCCGUGCCCACCAAGGAGGACAUUUCGGGCUCGGCCGGCUCCUGGGGUCCCGUGGAGCUGGUGGCGGUCAUCGCGGGGCCCGUCUUUCUGCUCUGUGUGCUGCUCAUGGUGGGCGUUUUCCUGUUCCAGUAUCACCAGAGGGCCUACAGUCACAGGCAGAGGUUGGAAGUGGAGGACCCGUCAUGUGACCAUCUGUACUUGGCCAAGGACAAGACCCUGCAGGACCUCAUCUAUGACAUGUCUACCUCCGGAUCAGGCUCUGGCCUGCCCCUGUUUGUGCAGCGGACCGUGGCCAGGACCAUCGUACUGCAGGAAAUCAUCGGGAAGGGCCGCUUCGGCGAGGUCUGGCGAGGGAAGUGGCGCGGCGGGGACGUGGCGGUGAAAAUCUUCUCAUCCAGGGAGGAGCGCUCCUGGUUUAGAGAAGCCGAGAUCUACCAGACAAUCAUGUUGCGCCAUGAAAACAUCCUGGGCUUCAUCGCGGCAGACAAUAAAGACAACGGCACGUGGACGCAGCUGUGGCUGGUGUCCGACUAUCACGAGCACGGCUCCCUUUUCGACUACCUAAAUCGCUACUCCGUCACCAUCGAGGGCAUGAUCAAGCUGGCGCUGUCGGCCGCCAGCGGUUUGGCACAUCUGCACAUGGAGAUCCUCGGCACUCAGGGUAAGCCCGGCAUCGCGCACCGUGACCUCAAGUCCAAGAACAUCCUGGUGAAAAAAAACGGCAUGUGCGCCAUCGCCGACUUGGGCCUGGCCGUCCGCCACGAAUCCAUUACGGACACCAUUGAUAUCGCCCCCAACCAGCGCGUGGGCACCAAAAGGUACAUGGCUCCAGAAGUUUUGGACGAGAGCAUCAACAUGAAGCACUUUGACUCCUUCAAGUGCGCCGACAUCUACGCUCUGGGCCUGGUCUACUGGGAGAUCGCGCGCCGCUGCAAUGCUGGAGGUAUCCAUGAGGAGUACCAGCUGCCCUACUAUGACCUGGUGCCCUCUGACCCCUCCAUAGAGGAGAUGAGGAAGGUGGUGUGUGACCAGAAGCUGCGGCCCAACGUGCCCAACUGGUGGCAGAGCUACGAGUCACUGCGCGUGAUGGGCAAGAUCAUGCGUGAGUGCUGGUACGCCAACGGUGCGGCGCGUCUGACGGCGCUGCGCAUCAAGAAGACCCUGUCGCAGCUCAGCGUGGAGGAGGACAUCAAGAUGUGAAAGAAGCCCUGCCAGUUUUCAAGCCAAGGCCUACCUCACCUUUUUAGCCAAAACUACUGAGACCCACCGACCCUGUCCCAUGUCCUUGUGUCUCCCCGCCCCCGAAGCCCCCAAACCCUUUCCCGUCGUCAUGGGCCGCAGCACUACCACUGUUAAUAUCAUCUCACUGUUAUUUUCAUCUUCCAGAUGGCAGGAACUACUAUUGUACAGUUUUCAUGAAUUUAGCUUUGUUUUUGUUUUUUUAAUUCACUCCAAAAUCGUCCCAACCAUGUACGGCUGUGAAUGUUUGAGUAAGGUGGAGGCCAUGUUUGUAGUCCCAUGUGGAAGGACUAAUAAACACACAUCCUCUCGCCGUGACCAUCACUAACUGGAGAUUUAAAAAAAAAAAAUAGAAAAACAUCAUCAUGUGUAGCCUCCUCUGUGCAACCUGCAGGCAAUCACUGGACUGGCAGGGAAAAAUGUUUUUAAUUUAUUUGUGACUCUUGACUUGAUGUGGAUAAACACUGUGAGACAUCCUGCACCGAGUGCCGUAGUCCAAACGGCUUGAUGACAUCGGGCUGAGAGGCGUAUCAAAUGUUUUGAUUUCUUUUCUUUAAUAUCUCGAUAUAUUGUGUGUUUCUGCCAUGAAUUGUGUUUUCUUUUGUGACUUUUGACACUACUGAUGAUGGGUACCUUUUUUUUUUUCUUUUUAAACUAAACAACACUCCCUGUCCGUAAGCACCAAUGUGAACAGUGAUGGUACUUUAACUUUUUUUUUUU